AUGGCGCAUGCUGAUUUUGACAUCUUCCAUGCUAGAUACUACUGUACAUUCGAACAAGAUCCUGAAUCGACAAGCAGCCCCCGCCUUUCUCCCGAUCCUACGCUCACUGCACUCACAAAACUUGGAGUCUAUCGUUUUGGAUGUAACCGUUCUUUCGUUUCCAUAAUUGAUGGCGAACAGCAACAUCUCAUCGCCGAAGCAACUGCCUCGGUCUCGUUGCGCAAUGGAGACAAACACCUUGAUAAUGACGGAAUCUACCUCGGCGUCCGGACACUGGAUCUAGAAUGGGGGGGACAGGACUCAUCGAAGAUAAUGAACACUCAAAACAUCACUGCCAAUCGAACCCGAAACAUAAUCCGUGAUUUUACCUCGGAAGACUUCUAUAAAGAUCGUCCUUAUGUGCAAAAUUGGCCAUAUUUUCGCUUUUACGCCGAAGUGCCCUUAUACAGUCCAGCCGGGUAUGUGCUAGGCUCAUAUUGUGUUGUGGACAAUAAGACACGCACGGAGUUUGGAGAUGAAGAAGUUGCCGCUCUCCAGGAGAUUGCAGAUGCCAUCUCCCAGCAUCUUGAGAAUAUUCGGAUUGUUCAUUAUAACAAACGGGGGGAAAAUCUGGUCAAAGGCCUAACCAGUUUCAUCAAAGGGCACGCGAAAUCCGACCGCGCUGAUAAUUCCAACAGACUGCCAGAGUCACGGGAGAAACUGAACUUUCACAAUUUGAACCCCUGGGAUAGCGGCUUCCAAGCAAGUGAACCAGACGCAUCCUUUGUAACGAGUAAAUAUAGCAGUGAUGAAUCAACCGUGGAUCAAUCAUCUUCAAUGACCCAAGAAGAUGGGGCCCUUUCCCUUUUCUCAAAUGCAAAAGACUCGGGGAUGACACAACCAACUACUCAACCGUCAUCACUUGCGCCAGGAUCACCGGAAUCGACAGAACUGUUAGCAUCUGACGAGUACUUUCCUGAUACAGCGAUGGACAACGUGUCUGUCACUGAACGUUUGGCUGCGAUCUUCUCUCGCGCCGCCAUCCUCCUCAAAUCAUCGAUGAACCUGGACGGUGUAACCUUUCUGGAUGCUCGUCAAAGUGAUUCGCAAUUUGACCUCUCCGAAAUUUCUGUGAACCAAAGUUUUCCCUCCACAUCCGGGUGUUUGGAUUCUCAGGAAGAUCCUCGGGACUGUCUUGAAGACUGUCAAUCUUCCGAACACCCGCCAGAUGACUCGGAAACAUUAUGUCGCCCUUUGAACCAUUAUACAGGCAUACCACCCAUUGAUAAACCUUGUCCAGAGCCGGAACUCGCUCUAUCCGAAGAAUUUCUGCAAAUGUUGAUCAAAAAUUUCCCGGACGGGCACACAUUUGACAUGACACGUGGGAAGACCGACACCUUGCAAGAGAAGGCUUCUGACCGGCUUGCCGAUAUCCUACCAGAUGCGAAGUCAGUACUUUUCAUUCCACUGUGGGACUGGAAUAAAGCAUGUUGGUUAGCCGGAACGUUAGUAUGGACGAAUGAUCAUCGCCGCCCGUUGGGUAUUGAAGAACUACAUUACUUCAAAGUUUUUGGUGAUUCCAUUAUUUCUGAGGUCUCACGGGUGCAUUGGAACGCAAAUGAGAGAUCCAAAUUUGAUUUCGUAUCAUCUAUAAGCCACGAGCUUCGGUCCCCGCUGCACGGCAUACUUGGAAGCACGGAAUUGGUGCAAUCCUUGCCACUACCGUCUCCCCAGCGUGAUAUGAUGAAGAUGAUAGAGAGAUCGGGCCUGACCUUGCUGGACACGAUUGAUCAGCUACUAGAGUAUAGCAAGAUAAACGACCUGGCGACUCAAGAUUCAGGUGAUACCAAAGACCAGAGCGGCAUAGAGAAUCGAGACACCGACUUCGACCUUGGCAUACUAGUCGAAGACGUAGCCGCCGUUCUUUGCGCUGACCAAAAGACGCAACAUGUUACCCAUAUCCCGGUUGCACUCUCUGCCUCUGGUCCUAGCGCAGAAGCCCAUUGCCAACGCCCUGGCCGCAGUGAUGAAGUCUCGGUGACAGUCCAAAUUGAGCAGCUCGAUUCGUGGAUGGUGCAAUCCGCUGCCGGUGCGUGGAAAAGAAUACUGAUGAAUAUUAUCAGUAACGCAAUGAAAUGGACUAAGAAUGGCCUCAUUGAGGUGUCACUAUCAAAAGUGAGGCCAGAAGGUCGCCACGGCCAUUUUUCCGCCCAUGUAUGUGUCAGAGAUACAGGGUGUGGGAUCUCACGCGACUUUCUUAAGGACAUGCUAUUUUCUCCCUUUUCGCAGGAGGACCCACUUUCGUCCGGUAUUGGCCUUGGCUUCAACAUCGCACGCAAAUUGACCACGUCCCUUGGAGGUACCAUUGACGUCAAAAGCGAACUGGGUGCAGGCACCCAAGUGGAUAUUCUGAUACCCAUCACAGCUGCUCAAUGUGUCGAAACAAUUCAUCCUCGCUCCUCGAUCACAAACUCUUCCGUUACACCAGCGUUGAUUAACGCAUCUAUUGUCGGACUUCAGCUUCAUCCAGAGGAGGACGAAGUUCCGACGGGAAUUCUAAGCGCCAAUGCAAAACGGAAGUUAUCCAUCCGCAACGCCCUCAUGGGCGUGUUCAUGACACAAUUGGGCUGGCAACUGUCACCACGGAAAUUUCCCGACAGAAUGCAUGGCGAUGUGACGAUUAUCGAGGAAACUGACCUGAGCGAGAUGUUAAUCGAAAGCCCACUUCUUAUAACUGACCCUCAGCACGUUCGAGAGUUCUUUAUCGUUCUCGGCGAUAAUACAUCGUUACUGACUGAUGAUCUCCCCGCACACAUAAUCCGCGUGUCUCCGCCGUUUGGUCCAAGGAGCCUCUUUGACGCCGCCGAAAGAUUCCUGAAAGUCUUCAAGGCACCGAUACAUUUGGACCCGACAGACGUGGCUCCCAUUUCCGCCUUAUCAGUAAAUCAUCCGCAAAUAUCAACUUCAGCCACAGACCAAAUUCCCACGAAAACUGUUGAUUGUUCUUUAACCGAGCACAACCAUAUCCAAUCCCCACCUCUCGAUACCCUUGAACUUCCCGCCCCAACAACAAACUCUUCAGGAAACCACAUACGUGUACUGAUUGUGGAUGAUAACGACAUCAAUCUGAAGAUUAUGUCUACAUUCAUGCGCAAAAUUGGCUUCCACUACGAUACGGCCUCGAAUGGACGCAUAGCCCUUGAGAAGUAUGAAACUUCUAAACUACGAUAUACCUUCGUUUUGAUGGAUAUCUCUAUGCCCGUGAUGGAUGGAUUGGUCGCUACAAGAAAGAUACGGGAAUACGAAAUGGGCAAUGGACUCAAGUCAGCUUGCAUUAUGGCUGUCACGGCGGUUGCAUCUAAUGAUACUCGAGUGGCAGCCUUCAAGGCUGGGGUCGAUGACUUUUUGGUCAAACCUUUGUCCCUUAAAAGACUUCGCGAGUUAAUGCAGGUUUGA